GAUCUUCCACUGCGCAUGUGCCGAGGAGUGCGCAGGUUCCGCUCCCUCCGAACCGCUGAUUUGACCACAAGUGCUUUCGGCAGCGGAAAAGGAAGGGCCGAGAAAGUGUGGAGGAAUCGUCGGGCUGAGAGGUCAGCGUCCACUGCUAUGUCAACUCCUGGGUCAGUGGCUCCGGAGGUGGCCUUUGACCCCGCGACGCCCCCAGUUAUUGAGGGCUUCAGCCCUACCCCGCACCGUUUGCGGGAUGAGAGCGUGAGGGACAAAUUUCAACGCAAGAUCCGCGAGAACCCGGUGGUGCCCAUAGGUUGUCUGGCCACAGCUGGAGCCUUGUCUUAUGGAUUGUACUGCUUUCACCGGGGCAACAGCCAGAAAUCCCAACUGAUGAUGCGGACCAGGAUCUUGGCUCAGGGCUUUACAGUGAUGGCCAUUCUGGGGGGCUUGGUUGUUUCAGCCAUGAAAUCACCCAGGCCUCACUGAGACCAAUGGCCCAUUACUUCAAAGAGUCAGUGACCAUUUGCAGGGGACCCAAGCAGCUUUCCAGAGAGGGAUUGGAGGAAUUUCUUGGCCCCAUGCUGAAACCAUAUCUAAUGGUACUGAAUGAGUCCUGUGUUUCACUCAGGCAGAACUAUUGAUAAUGUAACAGGUUUUUUCAUUAAAGAAUGAAAUGAGUUUGGAUUUGAGAACAGAACUUGUCUUCAAUUUUUUUUUUUGCUAGUCCUUUUUCUGCUCCUCCCAGAUAGUCCUCAUUGUAUUAUCCAUAUGGUGUCUAGUAGAUAAAUAAUAAAUAUAAUUCCUUACA